UGCAUUCUAGGCAAUAGCUUUUGUGUUUUGAGUUCCCAUGGAGAACCAUAGAGUACAAUACCUUGCUUUCUUUGCUUUCUUGGGUCUAGGGUUAGCUUCUGCAGCUAGAACCCUUAUUGCCUAUGAUGGCAAUGUCCAUGCCCCAGUGUUAGGCCAUGUUUCUAUUGGAUAUGGUGGUGGAGAAGGUGCUGGUGGUGGAUAUGGAGUUACCGUUGGAUAUGGCGGUGGUGGUGGAGGAGGGCGUGGAGGUGGAGGUGGCUCUACAGAUGGAGGUGUUGGAUAUGGAAGUGGUGGAGGUGAAGGAAGUGGCGCUGGAUAUGGAGGUGGAGAAGAACGUGGUUAUGGCAAUGGUGGUGGUGGUGGUGGAGGAGGAAGUGGCGGUGGAGGCGGUGUCGGUGUCGGAUAUGGCCCGGGCGGUGGUUAUGGAAAUGGAGGUGGAGCUGGGUCUGGUGGUGGUUAUGGUAAUGGGGGAUCAGGUUACGGAGGUGGCGGUGGUGGUGGAAAUGGAGGCGGUGGUGGUUAUGGCGCUGGAGGAGCAAACGGAGGUGGAUAUGGAAGUGGUGGAGGACAAGGAGGAGGCUCAGGAAGUGGAGCAGGAGGGCAUGGAGGUGGUGGAGGAGGCGGCUCUGGAGGUGGCUAUGGUGGUGGAGGAGAAAAUGGUGGUGGAUAUGGAAGUGGUGGAGGACAAGGAGGUGGCUCAGGAAGUGGAGCAGGAGGGCGUGGAGGUGGCGGAGGAGGUGGCUCCGGUGGCGGCUAUGGUGGUGGAGGUGCCCAAGGAGGAGGGUAUGGAGCUGGCGGAGGGAGUGGAGAGGGCGGUGGAUAUGGUGGUGGAUAUGCACCUUGAUCAAAAUUAUCCCUAUCGAGUUCUAUAUAUACCUCAACAAAAAGAAAGUAAGAAGAAGAAAGCUAAGGUAAACAAGGACUAUUGAUUAUAUUUUAUGAUCUUAAUAAACUAAGUUUACUAUUGUGAUUAUUGAAGAAUGGGAAAUUAGGGACCCUUGUUUGAUUUGAAAACCUUUCCUUAAAUAUGCAAUAUGAUUGUGUGAUUUAUGACUUUUCAAUUCAUUUGUGUUACUUAAAUAUAUGCAAAUAUGAGAGAAACAUGAUUGAAUUUUCAA